AUGCGCGACCUCCUUGCCCUCUCUGCCCUCGUGGGCCUCGCUGCAGCCGGCACCGUCAGUGUCGACGUCCACAAGCAGCUUUCCGCCGACCUCUACGAUGUUCUUAAAAUUCACAAACGCUCAGGCGACCCCAUCAUUGACCUCAAGGCCCUCAACAACGUUACCGGCGCUGGCUAUUUUGCCGACCUGGGCAUUGGCACCCCCCCGCAGGUCCUGACGUUUCAUCUCGACACUGGCUCUAGCGAUACUUGGGUAAACCUCCAAGGCAACGAUUUCUGCAGAAAUGGCAUACCCCAAAAAGGCAUUCCUCCCCGCUGCCUCAAGCAAUUCGACCCUACUGCCAGCUCCACCUACAAGACAACCAUCAGAAACGGAUUUAAAAUUGCCUACCUCGAUGGCAGCACUGCCUCUGGCGACUACUUCAACGAUACCGUCGCCGUCAGCGACAGCAUCAGCAUCAAGAACCAGCAGCUCGGACUCGCCAGGACUAGUAGUAGCGUCAGCGGUCUCAUGGGUCUCGGCAUGAGUAUCGCAGUCGCCGCCAAGAAGAAGUACCCUACCAUCGUCGAAAACCUCGUCUCCCAGGGCCUCAUCGAUACCCCGGCCUUCAGCCUCUACCUCGACGCCAUCACCGAGACCCACGGUAGCUUCCUCUUUGGUGGCAUCGACACCAAAAAGUACAUUGGAGACCUCGCUACCCUUCCUCUCGUCGCCGACGACAUUCACGGCUCCGAAAACGUCACCUCGUACGCCGUCGAGCUCGGCAGCUUCACUGUCGACGGCGUCUCCACGCCUACUCUCAAGACCAAGGCCAUCCUCGACACGGGUGCCACCCUGAUCUUGCUCCCCGGUCGCGUGGUCAAGCCCAUAUUCGAAACACUCCGCAUCGUUACCAUCCCCGGCGUCGCCACGCCUUUCAUCGACUGCGGCGCUGCCAAAGGUUCCAAGAUUAAGUUUAAAUUUCAGUUCAAGGGCAAGACUAUCGAGGUCCCUUUCAAGGAGAUGAUCAUCAACUCGUUCGAGGAUAACCAGGACCUUUUCAAGAGUUCAUCCUUGAGAAGUACCUUUAGAAACAUGGACAAGGUCUGUAUGUUCGGCAUUGCCAGUGCUGAUGACUACAAGUCUCAGGAGCCCGACCCCUUUGGCUCUGGGAGUAGCUCCUCCAACGAACCCGAGUUCGCUCUUCUCGGUGACACCUUUUUGCGCUCGGCCUAUGUCGUUUACGACUUGGCCGGCCAAGAGGUUGGUCUCGCCCAAGCCUACCCCAAAUCUAACGAGACCAACGUUGUCGCGCUCAAAGCCAACAGUAAAAUUCCUAGCAUCAAGGGCAUGGAUGCUCCUCCCGAUGACACAGGCGCCGACACAGGCACGAACAAGGACAACGCUGCUGGCAUUGCCCGCGCGCCCUCGGCCGCCGCCGCCGCCAUGGCACUCGUCGUCGCCGCUGUCGCUGCUCUGUAA